ACAAGGAGAGAGAGAGAGAAGAAGACGACACGUCGACGAAUUAGAUCGAGACGAUCCGUCGUCUUAUCGACGUUCAAAGGAGAAAUUCCACAGAAUCGCCGGAAAACGGAUUCCCGCCAUAUCCAGAAGACACUCCGACGGCACCGAACAGACUAAAGUCCCAAAGAGAGAGCACAGCCUCUUCUUCAUCGAUUCGUUCUCCAUGAGCUGUCCGUACAGUUAUUUUCAAACACUCGCCUAUUCUCUUCCGUCCCCCGUUCACAUUCCCAAAUCCCUAGUUUCCCCAAUUCUCACCUCAAUUUCACCCCUAAGUUCCGGCAAAGUUGGAGCACCUGUUUACUGGACAAUCGUCCUUAAGCCAGUGGUAAAGAGAAGUUUGGGAGUUAGAGCUUCGAAGAGUGAUGAUACUGGAACUGAGAAGUGGCUGAAAUGGAUACCCAAUGGAGCUUUAGCCGCCGAUAAAAUUUUGCGCUCGAUAGCCGGUGCAACCGCCAGCCCAAUCAGCCAGUUCAUUUCGUCGCCAGUCACAUUUCUUCAUUCCGUAGACCCGCGAAUUAAAUUGAUAUGGCUGUUGGCUCUUGUUGUUUUACCAGCUAGAUCAAAUAUCACUAUUCGAUUUGGACUGGUGAUUUUCUUGGCUUUUCUAUCCAUAUGGAUUCUUCCAACCGAGUUAUGGAAGGAUCAACUGGGAAGAGUGUCUAUACUCUCAGGCAUUUUGUUCGUCAUGCUGGGGCUGGGUGCAGACGGUGUGCCAUCCCUCAUCCAAUCAAGAACUCCUCCACCUGGAAUGAUGGGAUUGCCUGAGCUCCCUGCUUCUGUGGGAGGUUACUCGUAUUUAAUUGCAAAGCUUGGCCCUUUAACUUUUACUAGGAAAGGCUUGUCAAUAGCAAGUACAUCAGCAUGCUUGACAUUUGUUGUCUUCCAAAGUGCAAGUCUCUGCCUCACAACCACAGCCCCAGAACAACUUGCAUUUGCGAUACGUUGGUUUAUGCUUCCUUUGGGGUAUUUUGGUGUUCCGGUUGCUGAAAUCACACUCACUCUUUUACUUUCUUUGAGAUUCGUUAGUCUCGUGUUUGAUGAGGUUCGAAAUGUUGCGUUAGGAAUUGUAUCCCGCAGGAUAAACUGGCAAAUGUUGACCACAAUGGAGACAGUUGAUGUUUUCUUUACUUAUCUCCGUCGCAUCUUCAAAAAUAUUUUUAGCCAUGCGGAGCAGAUUUCUCAGGCAAUGAUUGUUAGAGGUUUUCGAGGAGAUAGCAGCAGUCAUAAGCUAUAUUUCUUGUCAAAUUCAUCAAGCAGAAUGGCAAAUAUUCUCUCCCUGUUAUGCUUGAUUGGUGUCAUCAGUGCUUCUGUUUUCUUUGACAAAGUCAUCAUCUGAUACCUACUUCCAAUUUUUGCCAUCUUCUCUCCCUGCUAAAGCUGUUGCAAGUGA